AUGGACCCCCGCGUGCUCACCUGGGCGCUGAUACUUGUGGGCCCUGCCCUGGCCCUCGCUCUGCUCCCCAUACCUGCCCCGGAGGCUCCAGAGAAGCUGUGUGGCCAUCACUUCGUGCGUGCUCUGGUGCGCUUGUGCGGUGGCCCGCGCUGGUCCUCUGAGGAUCGGCGGCCUGUGGCUGGAGGUGACCGUGAGCUACUUCAGUGGCUGGAAGGACAACAUCUCCUCCGUGGGCUGGCCGCUGAUGGAGCACCUGCACUGAUUCCUGCUCCCCCGCCCCCGCCCCAGGCCUCACACCACAGUCUUAGCCGCCGGCAGGUAGUUACCAGCAACCCUGCCCACCAGUGCUGCCUCCGUGGCUGCACCCGGCAGAAGCUACUGUCUCUCUGUCCCCACUGA